AUGCUUUUAGUGCACAACGGAUAUGCAUUUCGGCUGAAGAAUAAAUUGGCUUAUGGAAAAAAGCAAUGGUACUGUACAUCACGCACUAAAACAGGGUGUCACGUCGACGUUACUACAGUGUUUCAACAACUCAAGACUGUUGUGAAUCGGAUAAGAAAUAAAGAUAAAUUUUUAAUUUCACCAUCAAUUUUAACGGAGGAACAUUCUGGGUAUGCAAUCCUAAUUUUAGAACAAUCAAAAGAGGUGGCUACAACAUCUCAACUUCUGGAUAUUUCAACUGUAGACUCAAGACAAAAGCCAAAAAUAAUUUUACCAGAAAUAAUUAGACCUUUUCCAAAAUCUGCACCUAGAAAAAGUAAACGUUUUGGUAGACAGCCUGGGAAAACUAAAAUUUUAACUAAAACACCAGAAAAACAAGACUUAGAACAAGACCAUUGUAAACCGAAAAAGAUGAAAACUAAAGUAACUAAAAAUAAACAGAAAGGCAAAACAAAGAAAAGAACUGUCAAAAGACAAGUUUUACAGUCAAGUGAAAGUGAGACAGAUCUUGAAGGAGAACCCAAGUAUGUUAGCUCCGAUAGCACAUGGGAUGAAUUACCAGAUAGAAGUGAUAGUUGGUUUUGUUUCGUAUGUGGGGCGGACGAAAAGAUAGACAUGAGACUUUGUAUGAUUUGUGGCAAAUAUGUCCAUGAAAUGUGUGUUGGAUUGUCUAAAGAAGAUAAGGAAGAGUUUAUUUGCCCUCUCUGUUCUAAU